GUCGUAUUUGGUCAUCCUCUGAUGCCGGCUGGUUCCUUACAGGGAUCAGACCGAGGGACGGACAGGACCUGGAAGCCCAUACUGAACAAAGGCUGCCACGCCGACAACCGUGUCAUCUGCCAUUGGUUGGGACAAGGGGGUUAAUUGUGUUGUUGUCACGGACACUUUGCGGAGCAUCUGAAGGGGGACAUUGUGUUGCACACAAGACAAUUGGGGGUGACCUCAGAUGCAUUCGAUGGCAUUGCUCCCAAAGAACUAAUCUCAGCUAUUGUUUAGCACAAGUCAAAUUCUCGGUGAAGACACUCCUGGAAAAGUACACAGCCGAGCCCAUCGAUGACUCAUCUGAGGAGUUUGUCAACUUCGCUGCAAUCUUGGAACACAUCCUCAGCCACCGCUUCAAAGGUAACAUGGCAGGUCCAGGAAGCUGGUUCAUCUCAGAUGGCCAGCGAAGUUUCUGGGACUACAUCCGGCUGGCAUGCAGCAAGGUGCAGAACAACUGCAUUGCCAGCAUCGAAAACAUUGAGAACAUCAGCACCUCACGAGCCAAGGGUCGGGCAUGGAUCCGUGUGGCGCUGAUGGAGAAGCGUCUGUCUGAGUAUGUGGCCACAGCCCUGAGGGACACACGGACAACCAGGAGGUUCUAUGAUGACGGAGCCAUCGUACUGAGAGAGGAGGCCACUGUUCUGACAGGCAUGCUCAUUGGCCUCAGUGCCAUAGACUUCAGUUUUUGCUUGAAGGGGGAGGCGCUGGAUGGUAAGUCCCCUGCUGUGAUUGACUUCACACCUUACCUGAAGUUCACUCAGAGCUAUGACUACCUGAGUGAUGAGGAUGACCGGUGCAGUGUGGACAGCAGUGCCAGUGAUGAAAGUGUCCCAGAACACCCUUACAUCCCCCUGGUCACCGACGAGGAGAGCUGGAGGAACAAGUGUCGCAAGAUGGAGCAGAGGUUUAAGAUUGUGUAUGCACAGAAGGGCUACCUGGAGGAGCUGGUGCGUCUGCGGGAGUCUCAGCUGAAGAACGUGGAGACGGAGAACAAGAAGCUGAGUGCCAGGCUGGAGGAGCUCAGAGUCCAGAGCCUGCAGGAGAAGAAGGAGCUGGAGUCCAUCGUACUGGAGCUGCAGGCACAACUCACUGCCCUCAUCCCCUGUGAUUCCUCCCACCUGACUAAGGAUCUGUCCAUCCCUCUGGUCAACCAGUGGCCCUCCAUACGAGGCUACAACAACCAGGGGGACGUCAAGCUCUUCCGCAGGAGAAGCUUCCACAGUUUGGAGCAGCUUUCAGCUGACGUCAGUCUGAACUCUGAUUCCCAGAAGACCGAUGGGCAACAGAACGGAGAUAUAGGAAAAGACUACACCCCUUCUAUGCUGGGUCUCUGUGGCUCUCUGGCCUCUCUCCCCAGCUGCAAGUCCAUGUCCAGCCUCAAGUCCAGUGAGUGUCUGGUCAACAUCAGCAUGGAACCCAGCCCUGCACUCUCCCCCAGCUAGGGGGCGCCAUGCCAACAGAGCUCUGUCUACCCAGCGCAAAGCCAACAACCAACCAACCCCAACCGCCUGCCUCAACCUGGAGACACUCAAUAGAUCAUGAACAUCUACCUACCUACUGUCACUAUUAACACAGUUACCAACAAAACCCUUUUUCAACCAAACCCUUCUCCAACCAGCUCCACUCAACCCACUGCUUCAUGUCUGCAAAGAUUAGAGGGGGAAAAGCUCUUCAAUAUUUCUGGAUUUUUGUGUGGAUUGAAUUAAAGUUCUAAUGAAACUAAAAGGAUCCUAGUUUGUCUGUGCUCCUCCUCACCCACACCCUCUCUCAUAUCCUCACACUGUCCAUCCUGCUCUUUCACUGUUGUCUGUGCUCCUCCUCACCCACACCCUCUCUCAUAUCCUCACACUGUCCAUCCUGCUCUUUCACUGUUGUCUGUGCUCCUCCUCACCCACACCCUCUCUCAUAUCCUCACACUGUCCAUCCUGUUCUUUCACUGUUGUCUGUGCUCCUCCUCACCCACACCCUCUCUCAUAUCCUCACACUGUCCAUCCUGCUCUUUCACUGUUGUCUGUGCUCCUCCUCACCCACACCCUCUCUCAUAUCCUCACACUGUCCAUCCUGCUCUUUCACUGUUGUCUGUGCUCCUCCUCACCCACACCCUCUCUCAUAUCCUCACACUGUCCAUCCUGUUCUUUCACUGUUGUCUGUGCUCCUCCUCACCCACACCCUCUCUCAUAUCCUCACACUGUCCAUCCUGUUCUUUCACUGUUGUGUGUGUGAAUUCCUAUGUCAAAAUAUUGGCCUGUAUUUAAUGCCUUUUAGACACAUCUAACUAGCGUAAUUCAAAGCUACAAAACUAUCCAAAAGCAUAUUUAUUUAUCUAUUUAAAUUCUCCUCUCCUCUAGAUCUCCUUAUCCAACUCUUCUCUGCACCUGACACAUCUGGUCAUUGUACUGUCUGUGUGUCAGUCUGUCCCAGCCCUGCCUCAGCCUAUACGAUCCUCUUGCCUGCCUGUCAUAAUGACAGACAAACUGGAAUGACGCACUUGCGAUUAAGUCAGAACACUUGGAUGAGAAGGAUGAACUGAAUUCUAACAAAAACAUCAGCUAUUCUUAGGUGUUUGAGUGGCUGCAGGUUGAGUGUUGCUAACAUAGUGGCUAGAUGUGUAUUUGAUGCAUGUGGCUGAAUGAUAUUGGCAUUGUUCCUCCAUUGUACUGGGUUUUGGAUGGCCUGAAUCUCCAAAUUAUUGACCUGCUUGAGUAAUCAGACAUUACUGUUUCCGUAUUUGUUCAUGUGUGCAGCAAUUGGUUACGUCUGUCUAUCAACAGUUUUGUUGUCACGUUGCUUUUUAUAUUUUGUUGAUGAAUCUGAUUUUAUAAAUCAAGUGUGCUGUAAUUUUUACACAUGCAUAUUUGGUUAUUUUUGUUCAAUGACCUAUGCUAUUAGUUGCAAUAAACUGCCUUAUUUUUGUUAUGUCAA